ACAUCGUCGAGCACGGUUCGGUUCCAAUCCCACGGUUUACGGUGCGCGAGCGAAAAAAAAAACGAUCGAAAAGUGCAACAUUUCUUCCUACGCGACGAAACAGACGCGUUAUCAACGCAACACGCAGCGCAACGCUACGCAACACGCGAAAAGAUAACCAUGCACAAAUUCUUCAAAGCUCUAAGCCGCAAAAAACCGAACGAUGACGACGGCAGUCACUCCAAGCUGGCCCGCGUCCUGACGCUACUGGACCUUACGGGGUUGGGCGUCGGCAGUACGCUCGGACUGGGCGCGUACGUUCUGGCCGGAUCGGUGGCGUACGAACAGGCUGGCCCGGCCGUGGUGGUGUCCUUCGUGAUUGCAGCUUUGGCAGCGGCCAUCGCCGGGCUGUGCUAUGCGGAGUUUGCGGCGAGGGUUCCAAAGGCUGGGUCGGCUUAUAUUUAUACUUAUAUUACGAUUGGGGAGUUUGCCGCGUUCACGAUCGGGUGGAACCUAAUGCUGGAGUACAUCAUUGGAACCGCCAGCGUAGCACGUGGACUCAGUGGUUACAUUGACGCCUUGAUCGACUACCGAAUGGCGAACGCGUUGCGCAGUGUGAUGGAAAUCAGGGUGAGCUUCAUGUCCCAGUAUCCGGAUUUUCUGUCGUUUCUGGUGGUGUUGACGAUUGCUGCGCUGUUGGCGUACGGGGUUAAGGAGUCUACCAUGCUGAAUAACAUCUUCACUGGGGUUAACUUGAUGGUGAUCGCCGUGGUGUUGAUUUCGGUGGGGACUAAAGCGAACUACGCCAAUUGGAAUAUCAAACCGGAAGAUAUUCCGUCGGAGAUUGAUGGAGGAGCAGGUGGUUUCUUGCCCUAUGGUAUCGCUGGUGUGAUGGCCGGAGCUGCCAAGUGCUUCUAUGGGUACGUGGGAUUCGACUGCAUCGCUUCGACUGGUGAGGAGGCAAGGAAUCCUUCAAGAAAUAUCCCGUUGGCCAUCAUAUUUUCGUUAAUUAUUAUCUUCCUGUCGUACUUUGGAGUGGCGACCGUAUUGACCAUGGCCCUCCCGUACUACCUGCAGGAUCCAAAGGCUCCCUUCCCGAAUCUUUUCGACUGGCUCGGCUGGCAUGAGAUCAAGUGGAUCGUCUCGAUUGGAGCCAUCUUUUCGCUGUGCACAAACUCUCUGGGAGCGAUGUUCCCAUUGCCACGUGUCUUGUACGCAAUGUCCUCCGACGGAAUUAUGUUCAAGAAGCUACGCGCCGUAAACUCCAAGACAAAAACUCCCAUUUUGGCAACGAUCAUUUCUGGAGCCAUAUCAGGUACGAUGGCCCUUCUGUUCGAUCUUCCUCAACUGAUUGACAUGAUGUCAAUCGGAACACUUCUGGCGUACACGAUCGUGGCGGUGAGUGUCCUCGUCCUGAGGUAUUCCGAUAACACUAACUUCCGUACGGAGACUCCGAUCCAGGACAAAACCGUGAUCGUUAAGCAGUUGUUUAACUUGAACAUUGCGAAAACUCCAAAUACCAUAUCAGCCAGGAUCGUUAAGAUUAGCCUGCUCGUGUACGCCCUCGUAAUCGUCGCCAUCAGCGCCAUCCUAAUGCACGCCCAGGACUACCUGUCGGCGGACUACCCCCUAGUACUGACCAUCCUAUCGAUCCUUGCGAUGUCCAUCCUGAUCCUCGUGCUCGUGAUCGCCUGCCAGCCCACGGAAAACUCCAAAAUAACGUUCCGAGUCCCUCUGGUGCCCUUCAUCCCGAUGCUGAGCAUGUUCGUCAACGUGUACCUCAUGUUCCAGCUGGGGGCGGCCACCUGGAUCGGCUUCUCGAUCUGGCUGCUGAUUGGUUUUCUGAUCUACUUCACGUACGGGAUCCGACAUUCGACGCUCGGCUCCGGCAGCCAGACGCUAUCCGAGAGUCAGCUGGAGAACCCGUUCGCCAUGAUCGGGGUGGAGAAGGUGUGAUUGAAUUUAUGUGACUUUAGUUGAUAUUCAUUCCGGGUUUAGGUUAGUGGGUAGGGAAUUAUUAAAAUUGUGAUCAAAAUGACUAAGGUUUAUUUAUUUUCGUUACUGAAAUUGUUGAGCAGAGCGAAGUUGAUACAAAAGUGAUAAAAUAAAGAUAACAUUUUA